GGGAGGAAACAGCGAAGGGGAUAUACAAGUAGAAAGCGAAGUGGUGGGCGCCGAAGAAGGGAGGAAGGGGAAGGGGAGAGGGAGGGGAAGGGGAAGGGGAAGGAGGAUUUGGGUGGGGCUUCAAUUGGAGCCUGCGGCUCGGCUGCCAUGUCUGCAGGGAUCUGCGGGAAGCGCCUAGGGUUGGAGGAAAUCUUCGGAUCUCCGGCGCCGUCCCCACCGUCGGCCAAGAGAUCUCGUUGCGCCCUCUACGGAUCUGAGGAUAAGCUCUCUGUACUCCUCCGCAUGUUCCCUUCAAUGGAUCGGGAGGUUGUUGAAACAGUUUUGAAUUCCCAUGACCACAAAAUUGAUGAUGCAAUUAAGAGUCUUCAUGCUUUGUGUCUUGGUGAUGGUUCUGUGAGCAUUGAAGGAGUUAAUUUAGUUUUGCAAUCAAGUGAUAAUGCCCUUGAAAGUGUUGUGAGCUUGCAGGCAUCUGAACACAAGGUCGAAGUCUCUCAGAAUAAUAGUGCAGAUUCUCAGCCUAGGGAAGCCCAAAAUGGAUCUUCUUGGGUUGAUAUAUUUGUACAGGAAAUGAUGAGUGCGUCGGAUUGGGAUGAUGUCCGUGGUCGUGCCAUGAAGAUUUUAGAAGUUUUUGAAAGAAACGUUGUUGCUCAGACUACAGCAGCUGUGGAGCACGAGAUCAAUUCCUUGAAAGAGCAAUUGCAAGGUUUAUUAAGAGACAACCAGAUCCUAAAGAGGGCUGUCACUAUCCAGCAUGAGCGCAAUUCAGAUCACGAUGAGAAGGUUAAGGAGGUGCAACAUUUGAAGAACGUUAUAGGCCAGUAUCAAGAGCAAGUCCGGGCAUUGGAGAUGAGCAAUUAUACAUUGAAGAUUCAUCUACAGAAGGCACAGGGUGCUAGUUCUAUCCCAGGUCAUUUCCAUCCGGACGUGUUCUAGGUUCAAUCUUUCAAUUAUAUAAUUAUGAGUGCAAUAUAUAUUCAUAUAUAUGUAUGACAAUGGAAGAGCUUGAAAGUAGUUGUUUAGAAUAGCAAUUGAGCCUUCCUAUAAGCCACAAUUAAUCACCAAUCAGAUAUAUUUUUACAGCGAGUGCAAGGCUUAUUUAUAAAGAGGAGAAUCGGCUUGUUGCUGAAGGAAAGCAUUUAUUGAAUUUUUGUAACAAGCCGCCUGCUUUUAUCUUUACUGUUUGUGUUUAAAUUAUUAUACACAGCAGGUUUCCAAA